AUGGCCGCGAACCAGAGUCUGGCAGGCAAGAUUGCCGUGGUUUCCGGCAGUUGUAGUGGUAUUGGGCAUGCAAUAGCAAAGGAAAUCAGCUCUCGAGGGGCCCACGCUGUGAUCAACUACCCACACGCCUCCCUAGCUGAGGAAGCGGCUGCGGCAGUCGCAACUCUUAUCACCCCCGGAAUCGCGAUCGAGGCCAACAUGAGCACGGUGGACGGACCGAAGAAAUUGAUUGAGAGUGUAGUCGAGGUUUAUGGUCAUAUUGACAUUCUUGUUAAUAACGCCGCAAUUGCCAUCAACCUGCCAUUCGAAGAACAAACGAUCGAUCACUGGGAUUCUCUGGUCAACCUCAACGGCCGUGGAACAUUUCUCUUGACGCAGCAGGCUCUGCCAUACCUUACACAUGGAUGCGGACGUAUUGUCAACAUUUGUUCUAUUAGUUCCCGCGCUGCCCCUCCGCUGCAAACUAUUUACGCUGGAACCAAGGGCAUGGUGGAUUCAUUCACCAGGGUUUGGGCAAAGGAGCUCCCCCCAAAGUAUGGAUGUACCGUCAAUGCCGUGUCCCCCGGCCCUACUGCGACACAAGGGUUUUUGAGCGCUGGGGACGAAGCAAUGAAGGUUCUAGGACCUACAAUUGAAGCAACGCCAGCAGGGAAAAGGCUUGGCCAGCCAGAAGAGAUAGCGGACGCAGUGGCGUUUCUUUGCGAAGAACGAUCACGAUGGGUCAAUGGAGAACACAUGUUCGUUAACGGGGGGCUUUACAUGGACUGA